GUCAAACAUGGCUCCUUCCUACAGGGUGUGAUUAGCGACAGCUGACAACGGAAAUAAAUGUAUCAAUAAAGGACGGCAGAGAUUUAUACCACAGCCCAACACCUUCCAGACAACGCAGCACUUAUGUGACUCAUAGCAAGUAAAAAUACUUGCCAAAGGAUGAGUGCCAUAGAAAGGAAGUGACAAAAGAAGGCCAUCACUGUUGCAGACCAUCUGUUCACAUCAACUCUUCUCUCCCUCUUCUGUGAGCCUGAAACCUGCAGUCAUGCAUGUCAACCCAGUUCUUGUAGAGUCCACUGUAGUCCUGGUAGUGGUGAUGUGUGUCCACAUGGCGGUCUGGAAUCAGCAUUCUUGGUGCAGCAUAGCCCUCGUCAUUCAGGCUUUCUACGUCCAGCACAAAUGGGACCGUCUGCUCAAGUCAGGAGGCGCUGUGUUCCAGUUUCGACCGACAGCAAACAGCGGCAUUGUUCCAGCCUCCAUGGUGAUGCCUUUGUUGGGCCUGGCACUGAGAGAAAAGUGCUCUGCCUCAGGGAAUGUCUACUUCGAACGCUUCUCCAUGGUGAUCACCAUCACAGGAAUGAUGCUGGCUCUGUUCCUUUCACUGAUUGCACUGGGCAUCACAAGACCUGUACCAACCAACACUUGUGUGAUUGCAGGCCUGGCUGGCAGUGCAAUCCUCUACACAACAAAGCAGACGCUGACUGUGUCUGAGGUGAUUGAAGUCUUGGAGGUACUGUUGAUCUUUGUUUAUCUCAGUCUGAUUGUACUUUACUUGCUGCCACGCUGCUUCACACCUGGAGAGGCGCUCCUCAUCGUAGGUGGAAUCAGUUUCAUUGUGAACCAGCUCAUUAAGCGCUCCUUGAACCUGGCAGAGGUCAAAGGUGAUCCAGUGAACUAUUUCCUGCCUGUUGUUGUGGUGGGCUCACUGUUGCUGGGUGUUUUCUUUGCCCUGCUCUUCUGCUUCAUGGAGUCCGAAACAUGGGUGUCUUCACUCUUCUUUCACAUGAUGACAGCCGUCCUGGUUUUGGGCAUCCUGAUGCCGUGGCUGUCCUUGUUCAUCGGCCGGCACCCCAUCAUGUGGCUGUUGGACUUUGUCAUGUUAAAUGACAGAAGACUCUGCCUGCUGGGGUACUGGGUGUUUCUGGCUGUUUUAGCGACUUGUGUCGUGUUGCAUCAGAACCAUCAGCGGCAGUUGGGAUCCAAGAAGCACCAAGCCUCGACUGUUGUCAGGAAGUACUUUCAUGUGAUUGUAGUGGCCACGUACGUUCCAGGGAUGAUAUGUGACAGGCAGCUGCUCCAUGUGGCAUCUGUUGGUUGCUUGGCAGUUUUCUUGUUCUUGGAGUACGUGCGUUACUUUCGAAUCAGGCCUCUUGGCCAGCUGCUUAGGCAGCUGCUCACUUUGUUCUUGGAUGAGCGAGAUUCUGGGCCUCUCAUCCUCACCCACAUUUACCUGCUGCUGGGUAUGUCUCUACCUAUUUGGCUGUUUCCUGGACCCUGCGCACCUAAGGGGAUACUUCCUGGGGCAGGCGGCCUCGUUCCUUAUGCAGGUGUGCUGGCUGUGGGAGUUGGAGACACUGUGGCAUCUGUGUUUGGCAGCACCAUGGGGGAGAUCCGUUGGCCUGGAACUAAGAAAACCGUGGAGGGGACAGCAACAUCUGUGUUUGCCCAGAUUAUCGCUGUGGCUAUGUUCCUCAUCUUUGAUGGGAGCAUCAAUCUGAACUCCACUUACUCAUGGAUAGUUGGUUCCAUUACUGUGGUGGCCAUGCUGGAAGCGUACACGUCUCAAAUAGACAACCUCUUUCUCCCGCUUUACCUCUUCAUCCUGCUAUUGCUUUGAAUGAACAUGUGAUGUCAAUGAACAGGUCUUUUCUCUCUCUAUUCACUCCUUUCAUGGAGAAACGCAAAAAUGAGGUGGGGGGAAACAAAUGUAAGAGAAGCCCUUUAGGAAUCAGUGGCACAAGAAGGAUCUUGUUAAAACAAAGCAAUACAGCACAAAAAAAAUCUAAUUUCUAUUCUACAGCAGACAUACUGAUAUAUCAUGUUAAAGUCUGCUUUGAAACUGCAAAUAGUUUCCAUAUACUGUAAUGAGUUUUUAAAGAAAGUUAUUAAGUAUGUGGAAGGGUUGCUAAAUAUUCUUUGAGCUCAAAGUCAGCGGUGGUGUAAUUCUCCAUCCUGACCCUGAAGGACUCAACUGCUAACACCACUUAAAUUAUGCAAGAGAUUUAGUUUAGCGAAGUAGAAAAAUGUCUUUCACACACACAUUACUUUUUUGUUGUGGUUGCUACAUUGUGAACAUUUUCCUACAGUUCCUGUUUAGUUCAAACAAUACAUGCCCUUGUAUUGCCUUUGAAGAACACUUUAAAGUUUAGUCUCUUUCUUAACCUUUUAUUUUUACACUAUUUUGCCUCACUGAUGGCAAUAUGAAGGACUUAAUGUUGAAAAUAUCUGCCUUAAGAUAUUUGUUUUUUAAUUAUUUUUUCUCAUGAUAGAUUAUUGUAGAAAGCGUAGAAACAAGCAUGGCAGCCUCAUUAAACUCUUCUUUAUAAGGGCUGACUCUCACUAUGCUCCUGCAUGACACUAAUGUAAAAUCCAGUACUGUAACAUAUAUGCAGGUAUCCUACAGUAUAUUUUUAUUUCAUACUUUGCACAGUAUGUCUAUGGUUUGAUGGGACCCCUUUAAGGUACAAUGAUGUAUACAUUUCCUUGUGAUACUAAGCCUUCAAACCAUGCAUAUGUCUGGACUCUGGAAAUGCUGUUGAUGAAUGCUGGUCCUUCAUUAUUGGUGAUUUAAUCAUGUAAUUAUUUAAACGGCUUUAUAGAAACUUCCACUGCGUCACCAGGUUUGAUCUCAUCAUUUAUAUUUUUCUUUUUUCAGCAUUGGUUUGUCUUUAUUUAUUCAUUUUAUGUUGUGAUUACAAUUUUUAGCAUGAUAGUAUGUUAUUUUGCCAUCCCUACAUUUUUAAAUAAUGUAAAACUGCAUGUGGAGCACAUUAAAAUGGUGAAAAACAGACUGUACUUUGGCAACACAAAGAUGAACUCUUUGCUUUCUCGGUUUGAAAACCUCAAGAAGUUUUUGAAUGUUGUGAUUUAAAAAGUUGUUAUUAAGUUUACCUGUUUUUCAUUCGAGUUGUAUCUUCAAAUGAACAUACUUGAAAACAAAUGUUUAAACUUGUCUGUAAAAAAUCAUCUCAUGUGGAAAAAUUUCAGGGGAAACAGACUGAAUAAUAAAUGAUACUGGUUGGUGACAAUGCUGA